GCAGCAAGCUUGCACGGCUCGUUGGUGAUUGAUGUAGGUCUGUGUCAAUAUUUUUGACCAGCGAUAAGUCCAAACUCCGUAGAUAUGAAGAUAAAAUAACACACACAAACGACAAACAAGAAAGCGUAAUAUUCAUGUGACUGAGCUGAUAUCUGAAUUGCAACAAGCUGAGAACAGCGCGACAGUGCCAUUUUACUCUGAGUGUGUAAGCACUGUAAAUUCCGCCAUCAUGAUGAAGUUACUGCUUUUCGUUCUUGUCCUUGCUUCUGGUCUUGGGGUGUCAGCCCAGACUACUGAUGCAACAAGUCAAGAAACAGAAAAAGCAACAACUCUCGAUGGACAAACAACUCCCAAAGCAACAGCUGCCACUGCAGAAACAGUAGCCAUGACAAUAGUUGCUACUGGUAGAAUGACUGAAGCCACGGAAAUAACAGUGAUGAGUACGAAUAUGAAAACGGAGAAUUCAACGGAAAAUACAACAUCUGAAUCAAGGACAACAGGCGUCACAACUCUGCCAUUAUCAACGUUGGCUCCUGUAGGAAGAUAUGCAGUGAACGGUACAAAUGGAACAUGCAUACUGAUGCAAUUUUAUCUCGAGAUUAGCAUCACAUACAACAACACAGAAGGAAAGACAGAUGAAAAAUCACUUGUUUUCCCUGAUAAUUCGGUUCCUAUGGGAAACUGUACUGACAAUGCUCGGUACUUUACUGUCACAUAUCCGGAGUUCAACGACUGGUACCUCCGACUGGACUUUGACGUUGAGGACCAGAUGUACGAGAUGACCUCAGUCACCUUUCAAUGGAAGUUUGAAGAACCAUUUUUUCUUGAUGCUGAUAAAAUGGGUCAAAUAGACGAAGUUCAACUCCAGGACCCUGAGAUCUUGAAUGUUCGAGCAGAUACUGGCAAGACUUUCAAGUGUAAUAAGCGGCAAAUAGAAAUCGACUCAGUUGGGAUUACUAUCAAGGAAAUCAUGUAUCAACCGUAUGCCGAUCAGUCUGCCGAAAAGGGUGGCUUUGGCGAUGUGGAAGUCUGUAUUGAGGACCAACCGACUGUUAAACCACCAGGUACAACUCAAGCCCAAGUUGACAAUACUGGCAUGAUAGUGGGCAUUUGCAUUGGUUGUGUUGCCGGUGUUAUCCUUGUCAUUGGUGGAUUGUACUAUUUCAUUAGGCACAGGCAAAAACGUGAGUCAUACAAAAGCCUGGACUAAAGAAAAUACUUGCUGCCUUAUAAAAUUACUGAAAGGCCGGGGUAUGCAUCCUCUUUUGAAUUUUGUCCCAAUGCAAGCAAGCUUACUCUUCCUAAAUAUUGCUAAACUUGAACACAUUUUUUGGAUACUUGAACUGGGGUUCAGCUUGAUGACAAGUCUGUUUGCUUUAAACAUGCUCCAUCUGAAGUGGAAAAACAUGCAAGGGGAGGGGAAACCAUGCGCCAUGAAAUAUCAGUCGUAUAGUACAAUAAAACAACCUUUGCAAUUGUUUAGGUUUAGUGAAUGAUCAGCGUGCAGCAAGUAAGUAAAAACCAGCCCUACGUGGGUACAUAUCAACUGGUAAAAUAUCCUAUGACACAUAAAAUGUCCUAUGGCAACCCCCCCCCCAAUAAAGAACCCUAACAGAAAGACGAACAAAGUAACAAACACGCCGCUGCUAAAAAAAAAAAGCCCCAAAAUAUCAUUAUAUAAUUAAAAGUGAGUACCUUGCGCUUUGGAAAAUUCUAACAUUCAAUAGUUUCGAUUUAGGUUUCAUUAUAACCUAUUUAUGUCAGUAGCAUUUCCACAAUACAAUUAGCAAGUUCUGGGUGAAUAUGAACUAUAGUACUGUACUAUCAAAGUAAGCCCUAACCUUAAAUUUAUUACAAAAACACUUCUUAAUUUUCUCGAAGCUAAACUCGUAAACUGUAUUAGCUGGAAGAGUGUCCAAAUGUUUUACUGGACAUAAAAAAAUACAUUUGCGUUAUGAGUAUCUGCAGCCAAUUUCCUGAAAUGGGUUAGCUGUACAAACCAAUUUGACUUCAGUCUAUGCAUUCGCCUGUCUUUAGCAGUCCUUUUGAAGCUGUAAUAGCAAUACAUUUCACAGAAUAAAACAUAUAGAAAAUAAAUCUAGCAUUGACUAAAGUUCAAGUCUUUUGUCACGUAAAUCUCUCAUGCCGUAGGCCUACGCUUUGAUUGUUGUUUGCAUUGAGUCGACACCAGGAACAACUCAACAGCCCGAGGUCAUAAUUUGUGACAAUUGUGCACAUUUACAUUUUACUAUUCAAUCCACACGUCACAGGUCACAUGCAUUGUUUGUGAAUUCAAAGCCCAAUUGUGGUGGACGAUUACAUGUAGAUGGGUAUAUGCUUUCUUUUAAAUAAGCUGGAUUUUCGUUACUCCUAAAUGCUGUAGUAGUCGUAAUGUUAAAAUGCCGUUUUCAACAGACGAAGAUGAAAAGAUUGCCCAUAUUGUAUUCAUUGUACUUUAAUAGUACUGUAGUACUUGGUAGGCUAAAGUUAAUCUCUUCCAUUCGAAAUUGCGGAUUGAGAUUACUAAUUUUAUGAAUAAAGUGGAGGGGUUUUAUUUGUGCUUGCUUCACAAAGGCAGUAUUCGUUAAUUUGGACAGCCAUUUCAAUACAAACACGUUAUAUCGGGGUAAUUCAAACGUAAAAGAAAUUGUGCUAGACGUAAAGGACGUUGCUUUAAGAUAAUAUGAACUCGAAAAUCGGAGCACCGUGUGAAAUAUAUAAUGACCUAACAUAAAAGUGAAUAGUAAACAGUAGGCCAAAUGUCCAACAAGAAGUUUAAUGCCACAUGUCGACUGGUCCACAUCCAAUUGGCACUUUGCAUAGUCACCUGUUUAGUUUAAAUUUUAUUUUAAAUUUUAUGAGAUAUUCCUUUUUAUGAAUAUUAUGACUUAAGUGCCGAUCGUCAAAUGUUGCGGCAACAUUCCUCUCUGAUGUACAAGUAAAAUUUUUAGUUAUUUGCCUCUGUACACACUGUAUAUGAAUAAAUCUUCAACUUUUACGUUACUUAACACUGACCGUA